UUCUCACUUGUAGCUGCAGCAGCAGAACCACACAGCACGCCCAUCAGAACCUCUGAACUUCCAAACAAGCUAAUAUUUUGAAGAAAAAGGGAAGGACCAUCAUGGAGGCAGCAUCUUCCCCGCUGGACCCCGAGUUAAUGAGGGAGGUUCUUGAAUGCCCUAUAUGCAUGGAGACCUACAACCAGGAUCAAAUGAGACCCAAACUCCUGCAGUGUGGUCACACAGUGUGCCGUCAGUGUCUAGAGAAGCUGUUGGCCAAUACUAUAAACGGUGUGCGAUGCCCUUUCUGUAGCAAGGUGUCCCGUAUGAGCAGUAUCUCCCAGCUGGCCGAUAAUCUCACCGUGCUCAAGAUCCUCGAUUGUACUACAUCCUGCAGUGCCGCUGCUGCCGCCCUUAUGUGCAAGUCCUGCUGCAACCGCCUACCACGACAGUACUGUCAUGAUUGCACCACAGUCCUCUGUGAGCUUUGUAAAGGGGAAGGGCACCUUCACCAAGGCCAUUCAGUCCAGCCGAUUAGGGUGGCCGCUGAACAGCGUCGUAAAGAACUGGGUGGUAAACUGGCUUCUCUGCGUGAUGUCAUGGGCGAAAUUCAGAAGAAAAAGACAGCUAUUGAAAGCAUUUCAAAGUCUUUGAGACUUAAGUCCCAGGCAGUGCAGCAGGACUAUACUUCAGCCGAGCUACGUAUUCAAGAGCAACUCAGCAGGUCUCGAAGGACAUUCACAGCUUCCAUGGCAGAAGUCGAAAAGCUAAAUGGGCGGGUCCUGGAAGAGCAAACAUAUCUUCUUAACAUUGCAGAGGUAAAAGUGGUGUCGCGUUGUGAUUAUCUGACAAUGCUGGUGAGGCAGAGCGAUACCGCUUUGCUAAAGGAUGAUGGCGAAGGCAGUGAUGAUGAAGAGCUGGAUUGGAGAAGUAGCUUGCCCACAAUGUUUCAGCUGCAGGAGCCAGGGCUGGUCAGAACAGCGCACUUGAAACCUGUAGAAGUGGGCCAAGUGACCACAAAUGCUUAUUCUGUCAAUACAGAGGAUGAGCAGAGUGGGUUGGAGACCGAACUUGAGGGUGACGUAGAGAGUGUAGCUGGAGCAAUGGGGGCUUAUGGUGGUGUUAGGCGGGCUCCAGUGGAUCUUUACCGAGACAUUGACAUGGUUGCAGCUACAGAGGAGGCGGUCUGUGGUUCACCAUGCAGCUUUAAGUCAAAGUCCCUGGAUGCAGGUGGGGGAUCGCCUGGAGGAGCUGGUGCAAGUGCAGGGCCUCCAGUCUGCCAGUUUGUGAAGAAAAUGGGCUGCAAGGGAACGCUACCUGGCAUGUUCAAUUUACCAGUCAGCGUCUGUGUAACGCCACAAGGUGAGGUCCUGGUGGCUGACCGUGGCAACUACCGCAUCCAGAUCUUUAAUCGCAAAGGUUUCCAGCGUGAAAUUCGCCGCAGUGCUAGUAGCAUUGACAACUUUGUCCUGAGCUUCCUUGGGGCUGAUCUGCCUAACCUCAUCCCCUUAUCCAUUGCUGUCACUCCUCAAGGACUGAUUGGGGUCACUGACAACUACGAUAACUCAGUUAAAGUCUACACUAUGGAUGGACAAUGUGUGGCUUGCCAUAAAAACCAGCUAAUCAAACCCUGGGGCAUUACCGCUAUGCCAUCAGGUCAGUUUGUGGUGUCAGAUGUGGAAGGUGGCAAGCUGUGGUGCCUAGCAGUGGAACGCAAUGUAGGUGUGGUCAGCUACAACCGAUUGUGCUCUGCUGUGAGGCCAAAGUUUGUGACAUGUGAUGCAGCUGGAACGGUCUAUUUCACCCAGGGCCUAGCCCUGAACUUUGAGAAACGUCACAAUGAGCCCCAUCUGGAAGGUGGCUUUUCCAUCGGCUCAGUUGAUAAGGAUGGCCAGCUAGGCAAGCAGCUCAGCCAUUUCUUCUCGGAGUCAGAGGACUUCCGCUGUAUCACUGGAAUGUGUGUGGAUGCCAAUGGGGAUUUGCUGGUAACGGACAGUGGCAGGAAGGAAAUCCUUCAGUUUCCCAAAGAGGGUGGAUUCAAAAUUCUCAUUCAGGAAGGGCUGACGUGCCCUGUAGGAGUGGCCACCACCCAGAAAGGACAACUGCUAGUGCUGGAUUGUUGGGACCACUGUGUGAAAGUCUACACAUACAUUCAGAGGAGGCACUCCUCCACUUCCUAGAGGAACAAUCAAGUCUAUAUGCACAUGAGCAUGAGAGGUUUAGUAGGUACGCGUUUGUAUGAACGUUUGGAAAGGGUAGAAUCACACUGUUAUCUUUCACUUUUGUUUGGCUGCAGUCCAAAUAUGUUUCACUUGGGUUAAUAAAUAAUUGUUGCGGGUAGUUUGAUUCAGUUUAAAACCCACUGGAUUUUAAAUUAAUACCUAAAAUUAAAAAUAUGCCCAUUAAGCUGCUUCCUUCCUGAUUAUUUGAAUAGAUCACAACACUGUGUUGUCAACAAAAUAGACAAAUGCAGGCACAAAGUACAGAUGAUUUUCCUUCAUCUGUUUUACUGAUAUAGCCACCGUUAAGCCUGACUGUGUGUGAUGCAUGGCUUUCACUAAUCUGUCUCUACUUUGCGAAAGAAAAAAAAUGAGAGGAAGAAGAGCGGAAAAAGAAUAUGUAUUUACAUAUGAAAUAAGCAUACCAAGGCUUUUGGCCUGUGAAGCACUUUAUUGUUGACACAGCACUGUUUGCUAGUGUUUUAGUAGCACAGAGUAACAUUGAUGUUUCUGAAUGCACCUUUACAUUUUACUGGGCAGUUAACUAAUGGGAAAAGAAUAACCAAGUAUCGGCAUUCAAUGAAUUGCAUUCAGUAACAUUCAGGGAACAUUAAGUGUAGAAUAAUAAGUUACCUACAUGAUAUAGGGUCGACCAAUAAAAUCACAACACGAUAGAAUUUGGAGGAAAGAUGGGUGAUAUGGGGAAAUGUUGAUCUGUCAUUUAAUGGGUUUCAUGGGGUUCUUUCAAUGGGUUCCGAAUUUGGGGUUACUGAUGUUUGAUUUGUAAACCGCAUUAUUUUUAAGUCCCGGUACAAAUUAAUACUGCCUAGUUAGCCUGUGUGCUGGGUAUUUUCUAGCAGCACAUGAGCUUAAAUUACUUUUUUCCAAAGCAAAAAUAACUAAAAAUCUACUGCCUGUUUUACAAACGCUUUUCUCUCUGUAUAUUCCUUCAUUCAACCCUCUCCUAGUGACUUCCCAGCCACAGCCUCACUUCUGUCACUAGGAGGCAGGUUGAGGUAACCAUCUACAAGAUAACAUUAUUGUCACCCGUUUGGCUCCUACUCUAGCUCUCUCUGUCAUACAUCUCACUAUAACUCCUUCUGCUGGUUUUUUAUUUUUUAGUUUGAUCUCAAACACUGAAGCUUCAAGUUUUAGUCCUACUUUUCAGAGUUGUGUCCAUAAUGAUUAGAGUAGCAAAGGUCCCAGAUGACUUUUGUAACACUGCUUACAAUUUCAGGGCUUUGUUGUCUUUAUUCCCUAUGGGUUUACCUUCAGCUACAUCAUACAAUCAUCUAUAAAUUACUUUUUGUUUCAAUGACAUUAUAGCUAACACUAAAUAGCUCCAGCACCCAGAACAUGUUAAGUGUUAGGACUAAAACAGGCAUCUACAACUUGAAUACUGUUUAAAUACAUUGUUCAAACCUGGUGUUUAUUCCAGAUAAUUGAUGCCAUUGUUUUCUCAGCC